ACUCUGCCGAUUCGCCCACGACGUAGUCAGGUCAACGCACCUCUCGAGCUCUCUCGCCCGAGACCGACGCCGGCAGUGCCGCACGCCGCCUCCGUCUCUUCUCCCCGACCCUACCUGCACAUCCCCGCCGUCGAUCUGCUCAGCCCCGCCGCUGUUCGAUCUCCUAAGCUCGGCCGCGUAUCUGCUCAGCCCCGCCGCCGUCGGGCGUCACCACACCUGCAGCCACCAUCGACGCUGGACCACGGCGAGGCGUCGAUGCCCUCCAUGGCGGGAGCUGGGAUGAGGGCGUCCAUGACGGGCAGGACCCCGUCCUCCCCCAGUCUCCCACCUCCUCCCUUCAGCGGCCCGACCCAAUACGAUGGCAUCAUUCCAUCAUCCCCAUGGCCGCCGCCUUCCUCGGCCGGGGACAACUUCGUCCCCGGGGCCGCCUGAGCCGCUGCUGCGAGCCAGAGCGUGAGAUUUCAAGUAUGUUGCCAGCCAUGGAGGAGCCCCUUGUUGGGGGCAACAGCAGCACUGAGGAGACAGGAGGGGCAAAAGAGAGCUUGGUGGUGACCGAGGUUAAGAAGCAGCUGUACCUCGCCGGGCCCCUCGUCGUCGGAUGCCUGUUGCAGAGCGUCGUGCAGAUGAUAUCGGUCAUGUUUGUCGGCCAUCUCGGUGAGCUCGCUCUCUCGAGUGCCUCCAUCGCCACCUCCUUUGCCGGUGUCACCGGCUUCAGCUUGUUGUCUGGCAUGGCGAGCAGCUUGGACACACUGUGUGGGCAAGCCUUCGGGGCAAGACAGUACCAUCUGCUUGGCAUCUACAAGCAGAGGGCAAUCCUUGUGCUCACUCUGGUGAGCGUUGUGGUUGCCGUGCUCUGGGCGUACACCGGGCAGAUCCUCCUGCUCUUCGGCCAGGACCCAGAGAUUGCCAUGGGGGCAGGGAGCUACAUCCGGUGGAUGAUUCCAGCACUGUUCGCUUACGGACUGCUGCAGUGCCAUGUUCGGUUCCUCCAGACGCAGAAUAUCGUCCUCCCGGUGAUGGCGAGCGCAGGCGUCACGGCGCUGAGCCACGUGCUUGUGUGCUGGUUGCUGGUGUACAAGCUUGGGCUGGGCAACAAGGGCGCUGCCCUGGCCAAUGGCAUCUCAUACCUGGCCAAUGUGUCAAUCUUGGCUAUCUACAUCAGGGUCUCUCCAUCCUGCAGGAGCACCUGGACAGGCCUCUCAAAGGAGGCGUUUCACGACAUCCUUAGCUUCAUGAAGCUAGCCGUGCCAUCUGCGCUGAUGGUUUGCCUAGAGUGGUGGUCGUUUGAGCUGCUGGUACUUCUCUCCGGACUUCUCCCUAAUCCCAAGCUGGAGGCAUCGGUGUUGUCCAUUUGCUUGAACACAUCUUCAUUAGCAUUCAUGAUCCCCUUCGGUCUUGGGGCAGCCAUAAGCACCCGUGUUUCAAACGAGCUUGGUGCUGGGCGACCUGAAGCUGCCCGUCUGGCUACUCGUGUGACCAUGGUUCUGGGUCUCGUGACAGGUGUGUCGUUAGGACUUAUUAUGAUCUCGGUGCGCAAUCUAUGGGGGUAUGCGUACAGCAACGAGAAGGAGGUGGCAGAGUACAUUGCGAGAAUGAUGCCGCUUCUCUCUGUGUCGAUCAUUUUUGACGAUCUGCAAUGCGUUCUUUCAGGUAUUGUCAGGGGCUGUGGCUUGCAAAGGGUUGGUGCUUGUGUCAAUCUCAGUGCAUACUACCUUGUCGGCAUUCCAGCGGCGCUAUGCUUUGCCUUUGUCUACCAUCUUGGCGGCAUGGGGCUGUGGUUCGGAAUAAUCUGCGGGAUAGUGGUACAGAUGCUGCUGCUGCUGGGCAUUACCAUGCGCACCAACUGGGAUAAAGAGGGAGUGGGCAUCUAGGAAGAGUGCAGUGAAAAGAAUAGAUGCACUGAUGUUAGUAAAAAAACAGUGCAAUGGCAGUUCCCAGUUUCUACGAAAACAAAGUGAAGAGGAAUGACUUACUUUACGGUUAUGUUUACGAAAACAAAGUCCAGUCUUGAAUUGUAUAGUUGAUAGAGUAGUUAAUUUUGGAAUUUGAUCCUGGCUUGCUAAUUCAAAUUUACUUAAUUUUUAAAUUCCAUAAGAAUUAUAAACUGCAUACGCGGUACAAUGUUGUUCAAGACAGACUCUUUACAUCUGGACAGAUCAUGUUGAUGUGACGUAGGCUGUAAAUAGCCUUACAAUCUUGAAGCUAGACAACAUUUUGAUCCUUAUAGCCUUUGUUUCCUCAAGUGUAUCAACUGAUUCCUUGUAUUCUUUCUGCUCUAGCAUAUUUACAUGUAUCCUUAAAUGUUGCUUCUUUUUCCUUGAGAUGCUAGACCGCAGUGUUUUUUUUCCACUACAAUGAUGUAUAUUUUCUGAUUUCAUUUGUUGUUGAUGCAGUGG